AGGAGGGCGAGUCGGGCGUGUCCUCGCUGCCCAGCGUUGAGGCGAUGCCAGUGGCCAGGCUGGACCCGGAGGAGGGCCUCGACCUGCCGAUGGGCGCGCACUUCAUCGAUCUGUACGGCGCCGGACGCUGGAAGUUUCAGGAUGUACCCCUCGUCAACUCCGAGAGGCUCGAGAGGGAGCGGGCCGCCAAGGACAGGGCCGCCAGGGAGGCGAAGGACCGGGAGAGAGCCGCAAACGAGGCCAGGGAGAGGAGGGAGAAGGAGAGGGCCGAGAAGCUGGCGUUGGCGAAGGCCGAGAAGGAGAGGGCCGAGAGGGAGGCCCAGGAUCGGGCCGCGGAGCGGGAGCGGCGGCGGAGGGAGGCCCGGGAAAGCGGCACCGAGGCCAUUGCCGUGAAGGAGUGUCCCCCGGAGUACUUCGCGGGCCUGCACGCCCUCUUCUGGCUGCAGGGCCAGGA